AUGCGACAACUGCUUCUCUUCGUUUUCUCAGCGGUCCUACAGGUGACUGAUGCCGCAGCCAGUCCCUAUGUGAUGAAAUGGUCCGACCAGGCCUAUGGGCCCGAUGGCCCGUGGCAGGGCGUCGCGGUGGAGAUUGGCAGCAACAAGCAGCCAGUUGCGCUAUACCCCGGGGCUAAUUAUGCCAGUACAAUCCUGUUAGAUUCGAUCUGCUCCAACAAAACGACAUCAUCAACAUGCUAUGCCAGCCAGGCAGGCACCUACAACCAGACGGAAUCGAAGUCAGCGGUUGUCCUCAACCGCACCUCGUGGGAGACAGUCUACUGGUCGGUGGAAGGAAAAGGCAUCGAGGGUCGGAUUGGCGACCAGGUCAGCUUUGGCCCAUCGGUCCCGAAUGUCAGCUUCCAGGCAGUCUACGACACAUACGAGACCUAUCCCAAUGGCAAGGUGUAUCCGGUCCAGGUGGGCAGUCUGGCCCUGGGCGCCCCAUGGACGGCUGAUGAGGUUGACAACAAGACAACGUUCAACUGGAUCGCAUCAUGGCUCUACCGCUCUGGAGGAGACAAUGCUAUCCCAUCCUACUCGUAUAGCAUGCAUAUCGGGUCUGCGGGGACCAAAGUUCCAGGCUCUUUGGUUUUAGGUGGCUAUGACAAAAGCCGGGUCCUCGGGAAUGUGAGCGCGCAGUCCGUCAGUCUGAAUUCGGAUACGAGCGGCCAGCUGCAGAUCCGGAUGAAGGAUAUGGGCCUGGGCAUUGCUGGGGGGAGCACUCCACCUGGAUUUACCAGCCAAGAUGGAAUAUUUCAGCAAAGCAAUGGUGCUACCUUGCCGAAGACCGUUGUUAUCGACCCGACAAAGCCUUAUUUAUAUCUGCCCGAGGCCACCUGCGAUGCCAUCGCCAAUUCCCUCCCCGUUUCGUUCAACGACGGCCUGGGCCUGUACUUCUGGGAUACCACACACAGCAACUACGCUACCCUCAUGUCCUCCGCGCCAUACUUGUCCUUUACAUUUGAACAGGAUGGGGUAUCUAAUCAAAACAUCACCAUCAAGGUCCCCCUGGCGCAACUAGCGCUCACGCUGCAAGCGCCGCUCGUGGAGACCAACACCACGUACUUCCCUUGCUUUUAUUCCACGGAUACCCCGGUACUCGGUCGAGCGUUUCUCCAAUCUGCGUUCGUCGGGGUCAACUGGCAUGAAGGGAAGAAUACCGGAACUUGGUUUCUGGGGCAAGCGCCAGGCCCAGCCCUUUCCAAAGCCGAAAUCACCCCCAUCCAUGUCAGCUCCGAGACUCUCAGCGGAUCCAGCGGAUCAUGGGAGCAAACCUGGGCCCAGUACUGGCAUUUGGACACCAGUUCUUCCGGUGACAAGAGCAACACAAACGCCGGCCUUUCGACUGGGGCCAAGGCGGGCGUCGGGGUUGGAGUCAGCGUUGCUGGCCUGAUCAUCAUUGCUGCUGCUGUAUGGCUUUGGAUGCGUCGCGCCAAACGUCACCCCAAACCAGCCCCAGGGACCGGGCCGGCUGAACUACCCACACUGGCUAGGGAGGGGUUGCCACAGGAAAUCGGUGCAAGAGAUGUGUACAAGCCGCAAGGAUUGUUGGGUUCAGACAAAGCGGCGCGAGAAUUAGAGACGAAACAUCAUCCAGCACAUGAACCGGCGGAACAAGUUGAGCCACCACGCUAUGAACUGGGUUGA